UAUCACAGAGCUUUCUCCAGAAUCAGGUGACACAUUCAAAGUCUGUACUGAUUAUUUAUAACCGAAACUUGGAUUAAAUUAAAAGACUAAUUCAAGAGUCAUCAAAAGUCCACCAUCUUUGAAGACAGGAGGAACUGCAUUUACAUAACAGAGAUGGAUGCGGGGCCGUUCAGCCGGAAACAGUGGGCUUCACAGUCUUUACGCAUCACAGCCAAAGAACUCUCAUUGGUUGGGACCCGUGGAAAGAGCAAUGCCAUCAGUGAACGCUUUUCCAAAUAUCAGAAAGCCGCCGAGGAGGCAAGUGCUGACAAGAAAAAACCUUCUGUUGACAGUUUGCCUCUGUCGGUGCGCUCAGGGAACCUGAGUGUGUUGAGGAAACGCUGGGAACAGGAGAAACCCCCAGCUCACCUGAGCGUGGCACCUGGAAGUCUGAGGGCUCCGUCUGUGUCCAGUAAACCCAAUGGUCCUCCACAACCACCCGCUUUAUCAACCAAACCCAGCGUUCCUCCACAACCACCGUCCAGCAAACCCAGCAGUCUUUCAAAACCCUCCACUUCAUCCAGCAGUCCUCCAGAAACAUUAACAUCAUCCAACAAACCCAGCAGUCCUACACAACCUCUCAGUUUAUCAAACAAACCCAUUGAUGCUCCAAAACUAUCAACUUCAUCCAGCAGUCCUCCAAAAACAUUAACUUCAUCCAGUAAACCCAUUGAUUCUCCAGAACUUACUUCAUCCAAGAAACCCAUUGAUUCUCCAGAACUUACUUCAUCCAAGAAACCCAGUGAAUCUACAGAACCUCCUACUUCAUCCAAGAAACCCAUUGAUUCUCCAAAACUUCCUACUUUAUCCAGCAGUCCUCCAGUAACAUUAACUUCAUCCACCAAAACCACUGAUUCUCCAAAACCUCCUACUUCAUCCACCAAACCCCCUGAUUCUACAAAACCUCCUACUUCAUCUAUCAAACCCAUUGGUUCUCCAGAACUUACUUCAUCCAAGAAACCCAGUGAAUCUACAGAACCUCCUACUUCAUCCAAGAAACCCAGAGAUUCUCCAAAACCUCCUACUUCAUCCACCAAACCCACUGAUUUUCCAAAACCUCCUACUUCAUCUAUCAAACCCAUUGAUUCUCCAGAACUUCCUACUUCAUCCAAGAAACCCAUUGAUUCUCCAGAACUUCCUACUUCAUCCAAGAAACCCAUUGAUUCUCCAGAACUUCCUACUUCAUCCAAGAAACCCAUUGAUUCUCCAGAACUUCCUACUUCAUCCAAGAAACCCAGUGAAUCUCCAGAACUUCCUACUUCAUCCAAGAAACCCAUUGAUUCUCCAGAACUUCCUACUUCAUCCAAGAAACCCAGUGAAUCUCCAGAACUUCCUACUUCAUCCAAGAAACCCAUUGAUUCCCCAGAACUUCCAACUUCAUCCAAGAAACCCAUUGAUUCUCCAAAACCUCCCACUUCAUCCAGCAGUCCUCCAGAAACGUUAACUUCACCCAGCAAACCCUCUGAUUCUCCUAAACCUUCUACUUCAUCUAUCAAACCCAUUGAUUCUCCAGAACUUCCUUCAUCCAAGAACUCCAGUGAUUCUUCAAAACCUCCUACUUCAUCCACCAAACCCGUGGAUUCUCCAAAACCUCCUAUUUCAUCCACCAAACCCAGCAGUCUUUCAGAAUCUUCAACUUCAUUCACCAAACCCAAGAAUCCUCCCCAAGCAUCGUCUUCAGCCAAACCCAUGCCACAAGCCAGCGUGAGUGCAGAGGCGACGGCGAGGGCAGAAAAUACAAGGGUAGAAAUGGAGACUAAACACAAGAGGCAGGUAGAAGAGAGGAAAGACUCGGAGAUUUCAUCAGAGCCGAUGUCUCCUCUGGAGAAACCAACCGUGCCGCUCAACAACCUCAAGAUGAUGUUUGAAAAGGGCAACAGCAAGGUGCAAACAGAAGCGAACGGCAGCUCAGAGGAUGCAGACACACAAAAAGCCAGCAAAGGCACAUCCCCUUUGAGACGCACCGGCUCCAUUAAAGACAGAUUGACCAGAUAUCAGCUAGCAGUCUGCAAGCAGGCUUCAGUUUCCCGCUCUGCCAGCCAGUCAGAAGCAGAGGACAGUGUUUUCUGUGCUGACAGCAAGGAGAUGACGCCACCUGCUGGUCAUGGACAGACAGUGCAGAGCAAAGUCCCUAGAACAAACAUCACAAAGAUCAACGGAGAGCAUGUAAACUCAACGAGUCCCGGCACUGAAACUCUUUUAUCAGAGAACAAAGAGUUUCAUAAGGUCACCAAGCCGUUUCAAGUGGCCGUCCCAGACAGAUGUGUGUCCUGCCAGCAGACUGUUUACCAGCUGGAGAGACUAGUCGCCAAUCAGCAGAUUUACCACAAACAGUGCUUCCGCUGUGCCGUCUGUAGUACCAAACUCAGUUUGGUGGCGUUUGCUUCCCUGCAUGGCAGCAUCUACUGUAAGCCUCACUUCAACCAGCUCUUCAAGUCUAAAGGCAACUACGACGAAGGCUUUGGCCACCGGCAGCACAAGGAAAUGUGGACUUCACGAAUAAGCCAGGAGGAACCGGAGGAAAACUCCAACUCUGUGUCAGUGAAGCCUGUAGAAAAAGUGGAGGAGUCACACAGAGGGGCCAAAUUCACGGAGCAGACCCCCAUUAUAGAGUCCAGAAGUCAGACAGAAAGACCUCAAAGCUCGUCUGUGGAAACCAGAAAACUGAGAGUGGCUUGGCCUCCUCCUGCAGACAGUGAAGGAGGAGCCAAAGUCUCCAGUCCAGCUGAAGUCAGCAAGGGUCCAUCCAGGUUUUUCAGAGCAAAGUGGCCCCCGGAGGAUGAAUCUCCAUCUUCUCAGCAGAGCACGGAAAGAGCGGAGCUGAAAACCCUACGGAGAAGCACAUCUCUCAGAGAGCGCAGUCGGCCAUUUUCUCUGGCGCCAAGCUUGAGCUCCAACCCUUCAAAUCAAGAUGCAAAAUCUGUUCCAAAGGGGGUCCGACGAGGCUCGCUGGAGGACCUGCGCUCUCGGACAAUGGCUAAAACUGAGGAGAAAGUUCCUGACGCAAAGACAAAGGAUGACAACAGCCAAUCCAAGAUCGAGAAGAAGGAAAAAAUGCAAACUUCAAUUCUCAAACAAACGAAAAUAGAGGCGGAGCCGCAGCAGAGAGAAAAUGAGGCCGGGAUACAUGUAACCAAAAAGGAGGUGGAGCCACAACCAACAAAUAAGCAGUCUCCGAUACAAUUGAACCGAAAGGAGGAGGAGCUAGUGACCAAAAAGGAGGCGGAGCCACAAACACAGAAUAAGGAGUCUCAAACACAAUUAAACAGAAAUGAGGCGGAGCUACAACUAGCAAAUAAGGAGUCUCAGACACAAGUGACCAAAAAGGAGGCGGAGCUACCACCAGCAAAUAAGCAGUCUCAAAUACCACUAAACAGAAAGGAGGAGGAGCUAGUGAACAAGAAGGAGGCGGAGCUACAAACACUAAAUAAGGAGUCUCGGAUACAAUUAAACAGGAAGGAGGCGGAGCUACAAACACCAAAUAAGGAGUCUCGGAUGCAAUUAAACAGGAAGGAGGCGGAGCUACAAACACCAAAUAUGGAGUCUCAGAUACAAUUAAACAGGAAGGAGGCGGAGCUACAACUAACAAAACAGGAAAUUAAGGCAAAACAACAACACAGAGCUGCUGAAGAUGAGGAAAGACUGGAAAGAAACCUGAGCUCCAGUUUUUCUGCAUCUGUGGAAGAAAAAGCCCUCAGGACGUCCCAGGACGUGGGGUUUUGGGACAGUGAGGAGGCCGAGAAGUCGCUGACCGUGGAGGAGAUGAUCAAGAGGAAUCGCUACUAUGAAGAGGAAGAUGAUGAUGAUGAAGAAGUGGCAAUAGUUUGACAGUUUCUCAUUAUGUCAGUUCAGUUUUUAUUUACUCUGAAUAUCAUUGCAACCAACAAAUAUAAAAAACAUCUGCUUUAUUAUAUUAUAAUGCUUCAUAUAAAUAUAUAUUUGGACUUCUAUAAGAGCUUGGAAUUAUUGAUUUUAUUAGUAUUACUGUACUUUGUCGUUGCUCUCUUUGUUUUCUUUUGAUUGCUGUAUAAAAUAUGACUUGUUUACAAAAAUUGUUUUUAAAAAUCGAUAUUACUGUUUCCUAAUCUAACGAUUCAUUUUAAUGAUCUCAAUUAACAAUUCUGCAUUCAUUAUUCAUUAUUUUAUGACAGUUAAUCCUUAAGGAUUAAACAGCCAAAUACAUGUUUGGUUUUUCUUCUAGACCGUAUUUUAAAACCUUUUCUACCGUGAUCAGAUAUUUCAGUGGUUAUCAGAAGGACGCAAUAAACAUUAUUUGAUUGAAAAUAAA